AUGUCGGCGAUUGGAUUCAUUGGUCUCGGCAACAUGGGCGGCCAUAUGGCUCGCAAUUUGCUGAAAAACGGCAAAAAAUUGGUGGUGUUCGACUUGAACAAACAGGUCGUCGACCAAUUCAAGGCCGAUGGAUGUGACGUGGCAAGCCAUCCGGCCGACGUGGCGGCCGCCGCCAAAGAAAUCGUGACAGUGCUGCCAAGCUCGCCACACGUGAAAAGCGUCUACCUUGGCGACAACGGAAUUCUCAAGACCAUUCAACCCGGCACAUUGUGCAUGGAUUCAUCAACGAUCGAUCAAAUCGUCUCCAUCGAGGUGUCAAAAGAAGCGGCGAAGAAGAAGGCGCAAUACAUCGAUGCGCCAAUUUCGGGUGGUGUGACGGGCGCCCAAAACGCCACGCUCACAUUCAUGGUGGGCGCCGGCAACGAUCGAACGUUCGAGCGCGCCGACCAGAUUUUGAGGCUCAUGGGCAAAAAUAUAGUGAAUUUGGGCGCGGUUGGCAACGGACAAGCGGCCAAAAUUUGCAACAACAUGCUCCUCGGCAUUCAGAUGAUUGCUGUCGCCGAGACGAUGAACUUGGGAAUCAGCAUGGGUCUCGACGCGAAACAACUCGCCGGCAUCAUCAACACCUCGUCGGGACGAUGCUGGUCGUCGGACACCUACAAUCCGGUGCCCGGCGUCAUCGAGGGCAUCCCGUCGGGCAAGGGCUACGCCGGCGGCUUCGGCACCACACUGAUGGCCAAGGAUCUCUCGUUGGCGCAGAACGCUUCAACCAACACGCAAGCGCCCACCCCUCUCGGCUCGCUGGCUCAUCAAAUCUAUCGAAUUCUCGCCAGAGAUCCGCAUUAUCAAGCGAAAGAUUUUGGUGUCGUUUAUCAAUUCCUCAAGAAGCAAAACGUGUAA